GAGAAGAAGAAAAAGAAGAGGAAAGAAGGGGAGAAACUGGACGGAGGAGAAGAUUUACGCACAGAGUUUUGAACUAGACAGACGCGCUUUUACGCACGGACACAGGUGGAUGCUGGGUAGCGGACCGGCUCGGAGGAGAUGUUCUCCCUGGCCCAGUUCGGGGUGCUGUCGGCCCUGGCCACCGCGCUCACCUCGGUGCUGUCCGCGCUCCUGCUGCUGGCGCUGACCCAACAGCUGUGGAGCCUCCGCUGGAGCCUGACCCGGGACAAAGACAGCAGCCUGCCGCUGCCGAAUGGCUCCAUGGGCUGGCCGCUGGUCGGAGAGACCUUCCACUGGUUGUUCCAGGGCUCCAACUUCCACAUCUCACGCAGAGAGCGUCAUGGCAACGUGUUUAAGACCCACCUGCUGGGGAAGCCUGUCAUCCGGGUCACAGGUGCUGAAAACAUCCGCAAGAUCCUGCUGGGCGAGCACAGCCUGGUGUGCACCCAGUGGCCCCAGAGCACCCGCAUCAUCCUGGGGCCCAACACCCUGGUCAACUCCAUCGGAGACCUGCACAAGAGGAAGAGAAAAAUCCUGGCCAAAGUGUUUAGCCGGGGGGCUCUGGAGUCCUACCUGCCCCGGCUGCAGGACGUGGUCAAGUCUGAAAUUGCCAAGUGGUGCUCGGAGCCCGGUGCAAUCGACGUUUACAGCGCCGCCAAGUCCCUGACGUUCCGCAUUGCUGUCAGGGUCCUGCUGGGUCUGCGGCUGGAGGAGGAGCGGAUAGUUUAUCUGGCUCAGAUCUUCGAGCAACUGAUGAACAACCUGUUCUCGCUGCCCAUAGACGCUCCGCUCAGCGGGCUACGCAAGGGGAUAAAAGCCAGAGAGAUAUUGCACGCCAAUAUGGAGAAAAUCAUUGAGGAAAAAAUGGAGCGGCAGCAGUCGGAGGAGGAGGAAUAUCACGACGCCUUCGAUAACAUGCUGUCUAGUGCCAAAGAGCACGGCCAGGAGCUCAGCAUCCAGGAGCUCAAGGAAACAGCGGUGGAGUUGAUCUUCGCCGCUCACUCCACCACAGCCAGCGCCUCCACCUCACUGGUGCUGCAGCUUCUUCGCCACCCAGCAGUGGUGGAGAAGGCCAGAGUUGAGCUGGAGGCCGAGGGCCUCGGCUAUGAGCCCCACAGCAGCAACAGCCCGUCUGGUGUCGCCACGCAGAAAGAGGAGGACGCUGCCGACACAGAGACCACCUGCCUGCUGAACGGAGGAUGUCACAAUCACCACAAUCACAGUGACGAGGAUGGUUUCCCACGAUCCCAGUCUCAUGUACCAUACCUGAGCCUGGACAAGCUGACUCAGCUCCGCUACAUAGACUGUGUUGUCAAAGAGGUGCUCCGCUUUCUGCCACCGGUCUCCGGUGGUUAUCGGACAGCCCUGCAGACGUUUGAAUUAGAUGGCUACCAGAUCCCCAAAGGCUGGAGUGUCAUGUACAGCAUCAGGGACACCCACGAGACAGCUGCAGUCUUCCAGAGUCCGGAGCUGUUCAACCCGGACCGCUUCGGCCCAGACCAGGAGGAGAGCCGGUCGUCUCGGUUCAGCUAUGUGCCGUUCGGCGGCGGCGUGCGGAGCUGCGUGGGGAAAGAACUGGCACAGAUCAUCCUAAAGACUCUGGCGGUGGAAGUGAUCGGGACGUGCAGAUGGACCCUGGCCACAGAGAACUUUCCCAAGAUGCAGACGGUGCCCAUAGUGCACCCGGUGAACGGGCUACACGUGCAUUUCACUUACAAAUACCCGCUUUAGAACUUAACUCACCCAAGAGACAAUUUAACCUUCAAUCUGCUUCUGGAAAACUCUCCAAGACCAAGAGAGGUGACGCAAACACCUCGCCGGUCUUGACAGUCCAGUUCAGUCCUCUGAUGUGUCGUUUCUGCAGACAUGAAGAGGUUUACAUUGCUGGUUUGGAGCACUUCAUCACCUCAGUGGUCUGGUCCAAACCUAACGAACCAGUUUCUGUACUCUCAAGUGCUGAAAGACAAACUUUUGUCACCUUUCACUAUCUUUUACAUUCAUUUUAAAGUUAUUAAUGUAUCGAGGUGCAGUGCACAUCAAUAAUAAUAACACAUUUAAUUUGUACCGCACUUUUCAUUCAUAGUGAAACUCAAAGUGCUACAGUAUUAAUAACAUAGAACACACAACACAAAGAAAAUAGUAAUAAGAAUAAAGAUGGAAAAGCCUUCUUGAAUAGAAAGGUUUUUAGAUAGACUAGGUGAGAUAAGUCAUCUCUGGAGGAGUCUUUAAUCACCUGCAACACAUCUAAAUAACAGGUGAUGAAGUCUUUCCAAAAUAAAAUCACCAGGUCAUCACCAACUGCUCCGAGUGCAGGGUCAAACAUGCAAUGAGCACCAUACGGUUGGGACCACUUUGCUCUUACAGAUGAUAAAAUCCAGUCAGCUUUUUGGUGCUUUUAUCUUUUGUACUUGUCAGUAUCUUUGACAUCGAUGUAUAUCAGUAAGGACAUAUCCAAGAGCUGCGUAUGUUUGCUAUGCUGAAUGAGCAAGUCAUGAGUUUCACUUUUCACAUUUGCAAAAAUUUUGAGAUUCACAGACAAAUUUUCUAAAAACUCAAAAAUUCAAUUAAUGCAGAUGCAAAUAACCACAAU